CCCCCCUUCCACCCUCGGGCUUUCCAACAACCUGACUGUGAUAUUUUUUUUUUUUUUUUGGGGGGGGGGGGGAAGGUUAAUCAGUCAAAAUCUCCAGCGCUCCUCCGCGAAGCGGGCAGGAACGUUUGUCAGAACCCGCUGUUGCCCUCACCGAGGCCGGUAAGUCGGACACGCUCGGCCAAGGCAGCUCACCCCGCCGCCCUUCCCCCGCGGCGCUGCCGCUGCUCCCCCUUCGCAUCCUGAAGCAAAUCCCCCCCCCAGGCCCGACGGAGCGGCGGGGGAAGGAGAUGGCUCCGGUUCGGUAGCAUGGCGGGGGGGGGGGGGGGGGGGGUGAAGCCGUCCCGCUCCGAGGCGGGGAAGAGCCGGGCGCUUCCUUUUCCGCCGGGGCGGGGCGGGGCGGGGGGCGGGCGCGGCGGCGCGGCUCGCUGAUUGCAGGGCGGGCGCUGCCAGUCCCGCCGCCUCCCCCGCGCCAGCCGCGUCCCAGCGCCGGAGCCGCACGGGCCCAGCAGCGAAACCCUCAAACAACAUCCCUCCUCCCCCCCCCCCCUUUUUUUUUUUUUUUUUUUUUUUUUUCUUUUUUUUUUUUUUUUCUUUCCUCCUUUCCUUCUCCUCUCUCUUCCUUUAGCCGCCCCCCAUGGAGGAGCAGCCCCACCACCAUCACCACCAUCAUUAUUAUUACUACGGCCACCACCACCACCACCACCACCACCCCCCGCAGAGCGCCUACCUGCCGCCGCCCGACGGCCGAGCCCAGCCCAAGCCGCCGCUCCGACACGAGCACAAGCACCAGGACACGCCGAAGCGGAGAACAGGCUAUGGAGAGCUAAAUGGUAACGCAGGAGAAAGAGAAGUGUCAUUAAAGGGCCUGUGCUCUGAUGAAACCACCACCCCAGGAUCCAGGGUACCCAAUGGCAGCCAGCAGCUUGUAGACACUAAUGUGACCCCAAAGCAGACUGUGAAGGCCGGGGCUUUGGGGAAAGCUGGAAUCAAACCCAAGAACUUCAUUCAGAAAAAUAGCAUGGACAAAAAGAAUGAGAAGUCCUACGAAAAUAAACUUAGAGAAAGCCAGCCCUCAGACAAGCCAGAGGGAGUGUCUAUUCCAAAUGGUGUGGUAACAAAUAAUUCUAGCUAUAUCACGAAUGGCUACGUAGGCAAAGGGGCCGAUAACGAUGGUAGCGGCUCCGAGAGUGGAUAUACUACGCCUAAAAAACGGAAAGGCAGGCGCAACAGUGCCAAGGGUUGUGAGAACUUGAAUCUAGUACAGGACAAAAUAAUGCAACAGGAGGUCAGUGCACCAACCUUGAAACAGGAACUUGAGAGUUUCAAGUCUGAUUAUAGUGAACAAAAGGGGAACCGAAUUGAAAAUACUAAACCUGUUUGGAAAUAUGAGGCUGGGGCUGGUGGAGCAGGCCGGGGGAAGCCUGGGCUUGGGGAUGUACAGCGAAAAAACUCUGAUGCCAAACCUGGGAUUAGCAGCAAGAAGUUUGAUGACCGGCCCAAGGGGAAGCACGCAUCGUCGGCUACAUCUAAAGAGGACUCAUGGACCUUAUUUAAACCACCCCCAGUUUUUCCAGUGGACAAUAGCAGUGCUAAAAUCGUUCCCAAAAUAAGUUAUGCAAGUAAAGUUAAAGAAAACCUCAACAAAGCAGCUCAAACCCCAUCCACGUCGUCUUCGUCAUCUUCAUCAUCUGCUGGGGAAACUCAGGCCCAAACAUCUAGUCGACUGUCCCAGGUCCCCAUGUCUGCUAUGAAAUCUGUUACUUCUGCUAGCUUCUCGAAUGGGCCCAUUCUAGCAGGGACUGAUGGAAGUGUGUAUUCUCCAGGGACCCAGCCACUGCUCUCAACUGCUGCUAGUACUGUACCAUCAACCUCCUCUGAGUCGGUAGCCCAGGACAUGAGUACAACUUCAACCACUCUCGAACAAAAGAAAUCUAGCCUUUUUAUCUACCCUUCAAAUAUGCAAACUGUGCUUCUGGGUACAGCGCAAGUCGAUUUCCCAUCGCAGACGAAUCAGCAGAACCUGGGAGAUAUCUUUCAGAAUCAGUGGGGCUUGUCUUUCAUAAAUGAGCCCAGCGCUGGGCCCGAAACUGUCGUAGGGAAAUCUGCGGAUAAUCAGUUAAUGGAAGUGACAUUUCAAGGGGAAUAUCCUGCCACUUUGGUUUCACAGUGUGCUGAAAUCAUUCCCUCAGGAACUGAACAACCUGUGUUUCCUAAGGCUUAUGAGCUGGAUAAACGGACUAGCCCUCAAAUUCUUAGUGCUAUUCUUAAGCCUGGGACUGCUGUUGAGGGUGGUGUCUUAGCUUUGGAGUCGCAUCACACAGGUGACCUACAAAAGGCAGACACCGGUAGCCAAGGUGCUUUAGUGUUUCUUUCAAAAGACUAUGAAAUAGAGAAUCCUCUGGCCUCUCCCACGAACAAUUUGCUAGCCUCCGCCAAAGAACAGAGGUACCAGAGAGGCCUAGAAAGGAAAGAUAGCUGGGGUUCUUUUGACCUGAGGGCUGCUAUUAUAUAUCACACUAAAGAAAUGGAAUCGGUUUGGAAUUUGCAGAAGCAAGAUCCCAAAAGGAUAAUCACUUACGAUGAAGCCAUGGAUCGCCCGGAUCAAUGAAGGUAGCAAGACGAGACUGCCUGUUAUAACCUUUCUGCAGCAUUUGUGCUGUUCGUGGGGGACAAAAGGCUUUUAUGCUCCUUCUAAAUCUUCAGUGCAGCAGAGGAACCAUAACUAGAAUCACAGGAUAAUAUAUACAAAUAUAUAUAUAGUUAUUUAAAAAUGGCAACUGAAAGUAAUUAGACUUCUUAAGGAAUCUGAAAAUUUAUUUCAACGAGACUACACACGUGAUUAUUUAAUCUCCGGUACUGAAUAGAAUUUUUUUGUUUUGUUUUGUUUUUGUUUAAAGAGUGAAUGCAAGUGAUUAAUGAAUACAGACUCAAUUUACAAGCCCGGUUCUAAAGUUCCUGCUGUCGUCUACAUGGGCAACAGCAACCCGCUGGAGAGGCAUUUCCACUUGACAAGGUUUCUGUUUCUUGUUCUGUGACUGUAGUGACACACUAAUCACAGGGAAAUCAGGAUGAUUCACCAUCCUUCAUCUCCCCUUUCCCUUCCACCUCCCCUAUUUGUUUUUUGUUGUUUUUUUUUUUUUUUUUUUCCUGUUUUGUUUUCCAUUGAAUGCUGGAGAAACGCCUUGAAGUUUGCAGUUGUUUUGUUUCGGUUUUUUUUUUUUUUUCCCAGAGAAUUAUAAUCCACAUGUUUUGCCAGGAGUAAAGCAGCAACCCUAUGCUGGGGAUAUUGUUUUAAAGCAUCAUUCUUCUGGGGGAAAGAUGGUAAUAUUACAGUUCUAGGAUGCAUGGUGAAGUCACACAGUUGACCUGGCUCCGGUUACUCAUUGGACUAUUGCAUCUGAAGAGUUACUUCAUUUUAAAAGACAACAUGCAAAAAUAAGCAGUCUGUUUAGGCAUUUAAUAUGGAAAAAAAACAACAAAAAAAACAUUGUUCCCACAGUUUAAUGCCAUUGUAUUAGUGGGAGCAAAAAAAAAAAAAAAAGUAUCUUCUGCUUUCAACUGUAGGUGCUUCAUAUUUCUCUGUCUGUCUCCUAACACUAAAUGUGCUGGAUUUUUUUUCCCAUUUUCAUUGGAAAACUGAAGAGGAAUUGAGUUCUGCUAACUUUCACCCUUCUUGAAUUAUUUUUUUUCUCUUGAACAAAAAAAAUCAAAAUUAAAAAAAAACAAGGAAAAAAAAAAAAAAAAAGGAAAAAAAAAAUGGGAAUUUGAAUCCUUUUCAAUUUGUCCAUAGAAGGCCAAUGGCUGGGCUUCCCACACCUGCCCGUUGGAAAUGCUCUUUUAUAUUUUAAUGCAGUCUGUGUAUUUCCGGGCUCUGCUUCUAAUUAUCUCUUAAUAAAAAUAUAUUUUAUUACAAAAACGGAGGACUUAGGAUUGAAAAUAACAAUUUAAAAAUUCAAAAAAAAAAUAAAUUCCAAGGAAAGGAAAGCUUCCUAGCAGUGGUAGAGAAGGCCCCAGCCGUGUAACCCACUCUGUCCCAUUGCAGCUUGUGUAGUGCGUCCAGAUUAUCUUGGGGUUGGGUAGUUUUUCUGGGUUUCUUAACAGGUGGAAAGUUCACAGGGUCCAGUGUAAGAGCGAGCAAUGAAUGAAGCAAAAGUGGGGUUUGUGACCUGCCCCAGCUCCACACGUACCCAGUGCUCAUCGUGGGUGUUCGUGGCCAGAUGCUGGUUUAUGUACGGCGGGUGCCAAGGCCAGCAGCAGUUGGAGGCUCCUAAAAUUAGACUGGACCCUAUGGGGCAUUACAGGAAGCAGAUAAGCCCGAAACUCUUGCCUACCCCUUGUGCUUAGAUUUAUCCACUUCUUUUUUGUUUUGUUUUGUUUUUGUUAGCUAGAAGUAUGUAGCAUGUGGGGUUUUUUUUUAAUUGUUUUUGUUCUUUUAAUAAGAUUGUUCCUGAAUGAAACGCUUCAAUUCAUGGUGGGACAAUGAAACUUAAUUCUGUAUCUUUUGUAAGAUUGCUAGCUUUCUGCCACGCUUAGUUUUACAAGUUUUGACUAUGGAUUGCCUACUCCAUUUUAUGUAUAAAAUACUAUAUAGUAUAAUACUGUAGUGUAAUACUAUAUAGUAAUCAUGUAUUGUAUCAGUCCAGGUUCAGAAGUGUGUGGUUGGCCAGUCACAAAUAGUUCUGUUUCACCUAUAAACUGUACCACCUUUGCAGGUGUGUGUAACUUGCAGAUGUAUAACAUGUUUACAGAUGUGCCCGACACCUAGUCCUCCAACGUUCCUAUUUUUAAUUCUGUUGAGUCUCCCAACUGCUUGCCAAAAGUUUGGAAUCGCCUCCAGCUCCGCUGUGGAAGAGCUGGGGCAUUCCUGAGCUUUAAAGUGUUGAACAAACUGGACGGUGGGACUGGGGAAAUUAAGGUGGAAGAAAUGUUCUUUUUUUAUUAUUAUUAUUAUUAUUUUGAACAAGUUGAAGGGUAAUAGCAGUGUUUCCAGUUUGUUUUACUGGCUUUAAGGCUCUGCUGUGUAUUUGUUUGCCUUGUGUAGUCACUUGUCGCCUUAAGGGCUGGGUUCCAUUAAAAAAAAAAAAAAAAAAAAAAAAAGGAAAAAAGAAAGAAAAGAAAAAAAAAAAAAAAGACAAAAACAAAUCCUGUUUUGCUUACCUGGGGUCUGUGCUGUCCUGGUACCCCUGCCCCCCCGAUCCGCUCUCGGGGCUGGCCCGAUGCAGAAGCUGCACAGCAAUAACCCGUGCUGAAUCUGACCCCGCGCCUUUAGAAAGACCCGAGUCUUGCUGGCUAUUGGAGGAUGCUCGUCCUGGCCUAGUCCGGUUUGUCUUCUAAAUAGCAAAAGAAGUGCUGGAAGGAACACGGUUCAAGGGACGGGUUGGGUUGGUUUUGUCCCUGCUGCUUUGCCUCGCUGCGCGUGGCCCCUUGCCCACGGGACCCAUCCAGAAAAACACCCUCUGCAGCUUCUCUGCUGUAUUUCUGACCAUCCUCUCUUCAAACGUCUGUCUGUCCGUCUGUCUCCAUGAGCGCUGCGGCGCGUGCUCAGCGCUAAGCAGUUAGGAAAUCCUCUCUCUGAGCUCCUGGAGCUCCGGCUUGCCGGUGCAGGCAAUAUUUCUAGGAUAGACUAUUGCCUAGAGCCAGGCAGGACCGUGGAAGAAACUUCCUCGUGCUGUUGUGUAACUCACCCUGUUGCUGUCUGCAGUCCUCCCGAAGUCCUCACACAAUUCUUUACUGAGCACUUAUUAAAAAUAUCUUAAGAUUUAAUCUGUUUUCUGAUUAUUUUUGUGUAAACUUAUAUAAAAAAAAAAAAAAGGGGGUGGGGGGGGGGAAAAAAAAAAAAAGAAAACCCUGAAAUUGAGCUGUGACUAAUUUAGCACAUUUAAAUAAUGCUAAGGUGUUACUGAUAAGUCUCAUGUUUUGUUUUUGUUUGACUCAGAGUACUAGUACUGUAGCAUAAACCAAAUACAGCCCGGGAAGGGGUGCAGCAGCCUCCUCUCCCGGGUCUGCACCCGAGGGUGUUGGUGCGUGCGGGGGGCAAGGAGCAUCUUUCUUGCGUAAGGAGAGCGAGCGUGUAUUUAUUUGUGCCAUUGUUUUCAUUACACUGAGUAAAGUACGUUUUUAAAACAUAAACCCUUCAGUAGGUGUAGUAUCAGAAAGUGGCACCAAGGGUUGAGAUCAUGACCUAUUUUUUUUUUUUUUGUUAGCUAUGAAGAUACUAAUUCAGGUUAAGGUUUCUCUCAUUUCUGUUGCCGUUGUGGGUCUGAUGAGUCCCUUUCCUCUGGUUCCCUUGCCAAGCUGUCUAUUUAUUGGAGUAAGGAUUCCUGCACGGGCAGGGGGCUCUCUCCUUUCUCCUCUGGUCUUUCUCCACCGUUCCUGCUCUGCUGGCAGGUCCUGCCCCUUGUUUCUUGUACAGGGUCUGGUGUAACGGGGUCUGGGGUGUGUACCGCCAGCCAGAUCCAGCACGGGAUCUGCUUUCUCUUCGGUGGAUUGGGGAGUGUUUCCUCCGCUCCAAGAGAUGAUUUAAAAGCUGCUCCCGUCUCCGGUGAUGGUGGUUUGGAGACCUUCAGCCUCUGUGCUCCCUCCCACCCCGCCGGUCUGGUGGCCUGGCAGUGCGAUGGCUUUCAAGGUUUGGUUGGAUCUCGGUUGUGAUUUAAGGUCAUCCAUGAAACCUGUUUUUGUUGUUAGAAAUCUCUCUCUCUGACAAUGUGGAUUGCUCCAGGGCAUGGAUUCUGUCGCUAACCCACUUCAAGCCAUCGCCCUUUCUGAACUGUAAAUCCCGCUGUUUGCCUUUUGUAGCUGCUGUGAACUCCUUUGAUAUGUGGAAAUGGAAAAAAACCCUGAUUCUCAUUCGGCAGCUGGGAGCGGGUGACAGGGUGAACCGGCUAGCUAAAUCGAAAGGAAAACUGCUUCCUGAUAGGGGGGAAAAAUAGGGGGGGAAAAAAAAAAAAGAGAAAUGGAAGUUGUCCUUUCAGUUGUGUGUGUAAUUAGUGCUUUUCACCUUCAAGAGAGCAUUACCGUGGCACGAUAGCAUCCUUUCCAGAAGUGGUCGAUGACCUCAGGGACAUCUGGGAGCGAUGGCAUUCACAGACAUGUUUCAGAACUGCUGGUAGUUUUCCUGUGUGUUCAGGUUUUGCUCUUGAUUCAGCAUUUUCAGUAAAUUGCUAAGGUGUCUGAAGCUUUCAGGCCUCUCGUCCCUAGAAGAUUUUUCUGUACGUACGUCCACAGUGAUUUGUUUUCUUUACAGAGGCUGUUUACAAGGGAGAUGGUCGAGGUCAGGAGGGGAGAGAACGGGGCUACACCUAAUUUAAAGCUGCUACAGGUUUUCACACCGGCGCGCGAGGCAGGAGGAGGGCUGGGGCUGGAGGAGCGCUAGCGUGGUAGAGUAGCCGAAGAAGCCAGAGUAAUUCUAGCUUUGGCCACCAUGAGAGUAUUUUUUCCAUGCAAAAAGAGCCCCUGGCGCAGGCAGUUGAGAAGCAGGAACCUGGGCUGGUGCGAAGGAGCAGAAGAUCCCGGUGUGCGCUGCCGGACGCGCUGCCUUCCAGAGAUUCUGGAGCUUUAGACGUUUGCACAAUGCGUGUUACACCACAGGGUAAGGCUGGCUUCCUCCUAUCCUGCCCGAGAUCCUCCGGCCCGGCGGACGUCUGGGGAGGUAGAGGAGAGCUCGGGGUGGGCUUGUGCUGGUGGCACGAGCCCCUCGGGGGGACGCUGCGGGGGGGGUCGGGCUGCUCGCUGUCCCGGGACAGGAGCAAAAGGCAUAGCUGUGCUUUCCCCGGGGGGUGCCGAGCUGUAUUUACCUUGACUGUUAAUCAGAAAGCUUCGUAUAACGUGUCCAGAGCUCUAAAGCCAUUUUGUAAGAUAGCAGUAUCCCUUUUCCACAGCCUUAUUAAUGAGUAGAGUAUCUUUAAAAAGGAAAAAAAAAAAAAAAAAAAAGAAGUUCAUUUCUUUCUGUGGUAUGAAACUUGUGUACUGCAAACAUAUGAAUGUUUAGCAAAAACACAACUACAUUUUCUUAAAAAAACAACAAAAACCCAAAAAAACUGUCUGCUUUCCAUACGGUCUUUCCUCAGGUGCUAAAUAAGGGUUCCAAAAACGGAUACUGCUUUAGGAGUUUCUGCUUUAUUCUUAAAAUACAUAUUUUUUUGCUUAGGUGUUGUAAAGAUAUUUUAACAAGAAUGUUUUUUUAAUGUAAAUAAGAUUGUGUCUUUAAUUUUUGUUUUAUCUCCUUUUUGUCUAUAUUGAAUAGUCUAAUUUUCAUUUUAUCCUUUUGAGAAGGACCCUCUUAUGACCUUCCUUGAAGACAUUUCAUUAAGUGUUGCUGCAUUUAAGAACGAAUCUACAACUGUUCAUUGUCUUGGAUUAAUGCUGCUGCUGCUAUAAGUAACCCUGAAAAUCAAGAAUGUGUGAUGCACUUUUUUUUUUUUUUUUUUUUUUUUUUUUUUUUUUAAUUUACAUGACCAUACAGUUCCUCUGCGGAUGGUUGAACCCUCCUGUGACACAGCCACUAACUCUGCGGGUAGCGUAGGACCUGGGGAGCCGGGGUGUAGGAGAGGGGUGUACCUGAUUUUGGUGCUGACCUAUGGGAAUUUCUAUGCAAACGCAAGCAAAGGAGAACUCUUAACUUUGAAAGAACACUGUGCAUUUUUAUUUUAUUUUUUUUUUUCUCUCCUUCCUUUUCUCAAGCUGCUAUUGGGAGGGUAGUGCAAAUCCCCGAGGUUUUCAACUUCUCCUUCCUCGAUGGCCGGUGGUGUGGGAAGGAUGCCUGGGUAGAUGUAAGGUAGAAGAGUCUCAACUGUUGUCUCCGCUUUUAAUAUUUUUGUUUUCUAUUUGAAUCUGUCCAUGGAAGGAAAUUGCUCAUCUCUGCAAAAAGGUCUUUUGAAUGCUUUAUCUCAAUGUGAAGAUAACCAGCAGUAUUACAGGUUUCAUGGCCUCCCUCCUGCCUGCAGCCCCGGCCCUGCGGGGUCGCGGGCUCCUCCAGCUGCACUCGGGUGCUGGGGAGCGGCUGGUGCCCAGAGUCAGAUGUUUUCUGAGAAAAAAGCGAGGCCAGGCCAUCUACCCAGCUGAAACCAGACGGCUGAGGCGUGAAAACCCACAGUUUAGGGAGCAGCGAGGCGCUGCCGCGGGGCACGGGCAGCUCCAGAGCCUCUUGUUUCAUGGGUCACACCUGGACCACCGUGGGGGGAUGUGUGCUGUGAAGGAGGAGUUUAUUGGAGAGGAAAAAAGGGAAUUUACUUGACUAUUUAUAGAUCCUUUACAAGACAGAGUACCUCUGUAAAGUGAGGGAAGAGUAAGAAAGGUCUAAAGUAAUGUAGGAAAAACGCUUGGAGAUUGUAACAGCCUGGAAAAUAGUAUUUAAGUACCCUAGGCGAGAACUCUCUGCCUGUGGAAUCAGUUUAUUCAGCACCGGUUUUAAUUUUCAGCCAGCGUUUGCUCUUCUACACACAUGGGAGUGUGUGUACAUCUGACUCAAUGUGCCUUGCGUGCGUGCUUAAGUCUUUCUGGAGAGAGUUUGUGGUGGUGUGUGAGCUGCGGGGAGGUGGCCGGGCUCCCGGCGGGCAGCACGGUGACCGUGCCCCAUCUACAGCCGAGGGCUCGUUACUGUCCCGGUGACCCACCGGAUCCACGCGGGACGUGGGCUCGAGCCUGCGUAGCGGCUGGCUUACAGUUUGGGGGCGAUGUCCUGUGGGGUGGCACCUUCCCUUCCCUAACACAAGCCGUUUUUCUGUGACUUUGGAGGGGAGGGGUGAGGGGAGAGAAAGAGAAGCUGCUUUGCCUGUUCUGCAGACAAAAACAAGCAUCGCCGUGCUUUGCCAGCAAAGCCAAAACAAGCGGAGGUCUGGAACCGGCUUUGCUCUGGAGUUGGGGCUCUCUGCAGCACCGGGGAUCCUCUUACCCGGGGGAUUUAUUCCCUUCCAGCUUGUGGUUCUUGUUACUGUGGGGUUUUUUUCUUCUUUUUUUUUUUUUUUUUUUUUUUUUUUUUUGUAAAGGAGAAGUAAACAUGCCUUGCUUAAAGUUAACAAAAUAGAAAUGCUUGUUUGCAGUCAGUGACUCAGAAUACGAAGCUGUGCAAUUCUUGUUUCUUCAUCUCUCUCCCGAUUCACUCGCCCCAAUGUGUGAUUUCUGUCCGAGUCUUUCUGUACUUCUGCCACUGUAAAUGUGAAAGCUUGCUUGCAUUAUUUUUUAGAAAUGCAUUUUGCACACUCGGGUUUCGCUGAAGCUCCGUGAAGAGGUUAGUUUGAAGCAGAUGAAUAAAGCUAUGCACAUGUUUUGAAAGUUUAAU